AUUUUCGCUUUUCGUCGAACGUAUCAAGGCCGUAAAGCGAGAUAUGGGCGUAAAAUGUUUUUUUGUCCAUAUGCUUCGAACGUUUACUGUCUCUGUUUUGAUGAAGCUGAUAGAACUUUGGUUGUCUUCGAAGGCUUUCGUGGCUGUUAUAGGUCCCUCGUAUGAGUUCUUUGUGCACAUCCAGCCUUCUUGAAUGAUCGCUAGAUUGACGAUGACUUAUCCAAUUUAUCGGUACAAUGACAAAUAAGAAAACAAAUUCUGUUGUCGACAUCCUACUCUCUUGAUCACCGGCCCAAUAGUCAUCUAAGUAUCCACCAAGUCUCUGCAGGGCCAUAUUUUGGUUUUAAUUGAAUCGAUUCUUUUUGGGAAUUAGGCUUCGGUGUUUUAUCGUCUUUCAAUCUAACUUUUCUUCUUAGAAACAGCCCACUAGCAACAAUAUCAGGACUCCCGUUAACUACAAUGUAUAGGAGUGCAUCGACCUGUUGUCGGUGAAUAUCAUAAACAUAACCAGCUGUAUUAUUUGUUACCGUUUUUUGCGACAAAUAUGUAAUUAUUACGAAAGUAUGAAGGCCGCCUGUUUUUAGUUAAAAUUAAACAUAAAUUCUGGAAAUUAUUUUCUUUACAUAUACUGCAAAUAUAAGAUUCGUACAUCUGUCCCGUAUUCUCGAUUUUUGCUAUCGAUUGUAUACAAUUGUAAACGAGCACCUUCUUGUGAACGUUCUUCAUGAGAUUCAUCACAGACUUCUUGGCCACAAGCUUUGACAGUUUUUACUAGUUCUUUUCAGUUUGUUAAAUGGUCUGUUGUGUGCCUGCUUCAAUGCCCAAAAUUCUUCAAUUGAUCGAAUUUGUGGACAAUUAGGUGGAUAUUUCCUUUGGAACGGAUGUUACAUCUACGUUCCAUUUUCGCUAACUUUCUUAGUGACAGUCGGGGUUCUGUACACUACUUUUGGCUAUACUAGGUACACCAUUGCCUGUCGAGCUAGAGGGAUCAUAAGAGCAUCAGACUCUAAUAUUGGAAUACCCUCAUCAGAUUUCCCAACCUGCUCGGAACUAUUUUCAAGUCAAGUUCUCUGAAUAUUUCACGUCUUACUAAUAGAGAAUUGAACCUGGGUUAGUUCCAAAUAGACUCUGUAAUGAAAAAACGUUUUCGGGUUCGCGAGUGAGGCGGUUUAUUGGUGUGCAUUAUAUAGUCUGAUUUGUUUAUAUUGCGAUGACAAAUGUAAAGUAUCGACGUCUGGUGGCGAUAUUCGUGAUUGGGAGGUAAAUUAUUCUCUAUCAGAUCAGAAGGGCAGAGUGAAGUGUAAAAUUAUUAAAACUUGUAUGAAAAUUUUUACUUCGUGUUGUUUGAUUACCUAACACAUGUAGUCCUGACACUUACUCAAGCAUUUGUCUAUACAUUUCCUGUUUGUUCCACUUACCAUUAUAACAUCGCGUAUACACAUUCGAAUUUUAAACGUAAAUUUAAAUUUUCAUUCAUAAUUUAUAUUUCAAAAGCAUUUUUAUUCCACCUGAUAAUCCAUUAUCAAUUUCCUAUCAAUGAAAGCACACGAAGCUUAAGGCUUUCUACGCGAAUAUAUUCUUCAAAAUCAUAAUCCGGAUUAUAUUCCGAUUCCCAUAAUACGAAGCAAAAUUAGCAGGUUUUCCAUUUUCAUUGUUUUUUUUUCCAAAACAAUACUCGAAACUUGACGGUUCAGUAUAGUUGUAUUGGUGAACCCGAGUGCGAUCCCGUGAAACAUAUCAGUGCGAACCCAACAGUUGAACCUAUCAACCCGAAAACUGUUGAAGACUGUAACCUAUCAUGCGAAAUUAGGUUGAAAUUGUGUGAAUAAAAACGUUUUGACAGCAGUUAGGUUGGACCUCGGGCGAACCCAGAUUGAAACUGAACAAAAACGAAUUUGCUUUAACAGUUCUUGAUGGUAAUCUAUUUUUUCAACAUACUCUGCUGUCAUGACAGCCUCGCCCCGUUACCUCCACUCUGUUACUUUCGCUCUGAUUCUUCAUUCAGUUGUGAAAAAUAAGGUCACUUUGUAUUGAGUUUCCGAGCUUCUGAUUUGCAAAAUAUUUGCUGAUCUCACUGACCUAUAUAUUCACAACCCCAUCUAAUCAAACAAUCUGUGGCUGCUUACCGAUAAUUUUUUUCAGAUUUUCGUCCAACGAACGCAAUGUUUUAUUCUCCUGCUUUUAUUUUUUGGACGUAGGACUUCUUCUUGGAUUUCUAUAAUGGGGGUAACAAAUUUUCAAAUGCAUAUUACGCAAAAUCGCUAUUGUUAUAGGGUAGAACCCCGAUUAUCCGCGAGCGGAUGAUUCGCGUAUACAGGCCUUCCCGGAAUUACCCAAUCAUGGCUCUCACAUUAUCUGACCACUGGUGCACACGACCUUAUAGAUAGAUAUUUUAAUAAUUUCUGUAUUGAUGAAACAUAGUUUUCAUGCCGAAAUGUCUUUUUUUCGAGUUUGCACUCCAUUUUUAGUUCACUAUUGCGUUAUCCGCGAUUUUCGUUAGUCGCGGUGACCUUGUCCGACUAUUACGCGGAUAAUCGAGGUUCUACUGUAUAUGUUAAAAUAACUCGUAAUACAGCGUAAUAUACUAUUAGAUAGGUAUUUACUCAGCUGUUUUUUGGUUAAAAUACUAACAGUAGAGAUAGAAAAGCUAGUGAGAAUUUUAGGAAUAGAGUAGGUAUUUUUUUUAGAUUUUACUCACUGCUUGCGCUGUGGUGGAAGAGCAUGUCUGACAUGUUUGACAUGUGGUUCGACUAUUAGAGUAACACAGGGUGAUUUGGUCAUACGGGGUGAUUUGGACCACCCCUAUAUCUCGAAAAGUACGUCUCAAUUUGGAUUUUUUAUAAUGUCAUAACAUUCUAUUGUUGAACCGUAUGUACAAAACGUAAAAAAAAACCUUUGGUAAUAUUUCAGAGGGAAAUGGUAGCAUGAACACAGCAAGCACUUUGAUAGUCAGAAAAUGUGAAUUUUUCGAUCGAGGUUUUAGGGUUUUUUUUUUCGCUGAUUAAACAAACUUUUCGUGUAUUGUGUAUGUUAGUCUACAGAGGAGAAACUAUUUGAUGCAGUGAAACUGUAAGUUGACAAUGAACUGUUAAGAUAACAAUGAAUGAAAUUAAUUAUAUUUUAAUUAUUGCAUGUUGUGUGGGGUGACAUGGACACGUUUCUGUGGGGUGAAUUGGUCCUACAGGUUCGAGGCUUUUCUUUGGUCUGACUGAUUCCAGAUGUCGCGGAAUUACAAAAAAGGAUGUACACUCAACGUUGGAAGUAGAAGGAGAUUGAAAGAGCAACACAGGCCAUCAAGGACGAUUUUUUUUACCAAGCAUCGAAAGUGUUUGAAAAUGCUCGAACAACAGUGAAAAGAUUCAUACAGAAUUCGAAAUGAUCUCAAUGCAAUUUUUCUUGUCUGGAAUCUGGCUAAGACACCUGGUAUCAAUAUCAGUUAUCGUGAUAAUCAUUACCGGAUCGUUUGUGAAAAUUCAAAAAUUCCGUUACGGUUUUUUUCUCUAAAUGAACUCUUAUUAUACAUCUACAUUUACACAUGUAUUUAAACAUCAAACUUUGAUGAAUUAUUCAACAAUAACUAUAUGUAUUACAGUAAGUAUUAUACAUUGAAAGUAGUGAAAAUAUGUCUCCUACUAAACGGUUCACAGUUUUCAGAAAUAUUCGUAAUAUUUGUCAAGAUAUUACUAAUAGUAACAUUCCCGUUUUGACCCAAUCUUUUCACUAUGACCCAUUCUCAUCCCCAUCGACGGUAGUUCAAAAUAUACUGUUGUUGUUUACAGAAAUAUGUGCUAAAAGUUUGAAAAACGGCCCCCAGGAGCACUGUAAUAAGUAAACACGUUUUUUUUUACAAAAUGGAAAUCUUUACACAACAGGGAUGCGCGUAAGGCGCGAUACAAUUGAACAUCAACUUAAUAUUACAUACUGACUGGAUAAUUACAGGAGUUAAACAUGUGAAAUUCAAUUAUUAAAAACAAUUGGAAGGUUUGGACUUAAUUCUUUUUUUUUUAGAAAACAGCACAUUGUGCAUCUUGCAAAAAGUUCCAGUUCCAAAUAUAGAUUUAUCAUAAGUGAAACAGAAGUUCUUCAAAAUAUUACGAUUAUGAAAAAAGUAUUUGUCUUCCUAUUCCUAGGUCCAUUUCACAAUGCACGCCUCCAGUGCUCGGGAGGAUGCAAUUUAAAUUUAGCGCCACCUCAUUGUCCAAUUUCCCAUUCCAAAAGGUAAUUAUUCCACCCGACAGUGCUUAGGGGAGAUCUGGUUUGUGUCAGCUCAGCGCAACAGAAACAAUAAAAUCGCACUUUCCCCGAGCCACUCCACGCGGAAAGUUUGCUCGCUUGCGCGGUAAAUGCGCAGGAGAUAUUGCGUUUUCCGCAUUGCUAUUUCGGCCAUUAUUUCAGAGUUUGCUUCCGUCAAUAUUUUGACAGCUCGCGGGUCCAAGAACACGUUAUGGUUUUGUUGAGCUGUACGACGACACACUGCAAAAGUCACCGACCAGAUUGGCUGUGUUUUUCCGCUUCGUCACGAGAGUUAAUCACUGGGGAUACUUCGCGAGAUCCGAAGAUAUUUACAUACACGCGCCACGGUAUUUACCAUUUGAUAGCGAAGAAUGCCGCGAAGAGUGAUAUACCGUUUAUACAUAUUGCUUCAGACAACGAGUAGCAAAUUUGUCUACCUGACUGGUGGUAACCUUAUUAAUGUGCGAUGGAAUAAGAUGUGAUUAUUUUUAGAGCAUCUAUUUAUUUUUAAUUUCUUUUGCACAUUUGGGCUGAAAAGUAACCCAGAAAUCGCAAAUAAAGAAGAUGUUUCAAAAGCAUGUGAUCUGCUAGCGUUAUACAUAGAGAAGACGACAAGCUGUCUACCUACACGGGACAAUUUCUUUUUUUUUUCACAGAACAUUUAUGUACAAAACCACAAUUUUGGUUUAUCUUCGGCAUGUGUAACGCAUUGUGUCGAAAAUGAACUGCUGUCCGGUCAUCGACGGCUGUUCUGUUUGACAACAAAGAAGCCGCUUCAUCCCAAUAAUAACUUCUUGUACGUAUUGGUUGGUGUACAAAUUAUUCUCCCACAAACGCGGCGAGUUUAAACAUGGAACACACUAAACAAGAGAAAAUGAUUUCCCACUUAUGUUUAGAAGUGUACCAUGUUGUCGUCCGAUGAUCUUGAUGAAUUCAACUGAAGAUUAAAUGAUUGCAAUUUUCUGUACAAUAUUUUCUUAAAUAAAUAAAAUAUUGACAUGAAAUUAUUUACAAAUACAAAUAGAAUCAUUGUUGUAAAGCACUUUUAUAAAUAGUUCGGACGAUGCUCAAUUUUAUAGUUCACAUUCACAACAGCUGAUCCGAACGGUAUCAUCGGAAGAAGAGAAAAAAAAACUUUCAUUUCACUUUUCUUUUUGUUGCGCGCUCAGUUGUUCGCUUACGCUCUUUUAAAUGGGGCGUAAAUCUCUUUCAUCAGCGUCCUAAAUCGAGUAGUAAAGUGAAAAACGGGUGCGCAUUUGGAUUAGGCGAAAUAAAAAAGUGGAACAAAUUCAAAGUACAAGAAUUUAAACGGAACGCAAUACAGAGGAAGCCUUUUUUUCGAAAACAAAACUUCGCACCGAAGCACGUGCUGUCCUGACAAACUCUGAGUUGGACCAAAUCUUAUAGUUUUUCCAAUCAACGGAAGUACUUAUUCCCGAAAGCUUUUCGGAAAGAAAACGGCGAAAUGAACGGAAGAACGGAAGGUCGCAUUAUCACCAUGCCGGCUGAGUGUGCGGCUAACCCGCUGCAGAGGUCCCUCGCCGAUGCUAUCAUUCGGAUGGUUCCGAUGGAUGAGCUUCGCAUAUUGCUCGCGUGCGGGGCCAAAGUGAACGAGCAGGUAACUCAGGGAUUGCGUCCACUACACUACGCCGUGUGGCAGAACAACGAAGCCGCCGUGAACCUUCUGCUGGUUCGCAGUGCCGAUAUCGAUGCAAUUGACGAAGUUGGUUACAGCGCGUUGCAUUUAGCCGCUGAACACGGAUAUUAUGAAUUGGCGAAAAUAUUGCUGGACGGUGGCUGCAAGGUUGAUUACCGUCAGCCAACAGAUGAUCCUUACCCGAGAACUACACUCUGUGACGAGCCGCUAAGACUGGCUCUCCGUAAUCGGCAUUAUGAUGUUGCCCGCCUCCUACUCGAACGUGGAGCCGAUCCAAACAAGAGAUAUUUCUUUGGCUCCGAAAUCAAUUUGGCCACAGAUGUUGAUAGUUUGGAGCUGUUGCUUACGUUUGGAGCAAAUACAGAAGCUCGAGAUCGUUCUGGAAUAACUCCUCUAAUGAGAGCCGUCAGGACAAACGGAAACAUGGAUUCCGUAUUGCUGUUGCUCCAAUAUGGUGCUGAUGUGAAUGCUAUGACAGACGCCAGGAAUGAUUACAGAACCGUAUUGCAUUAUGCUGUGCUAUCAGGAAAUGCCUCUUUGGUCACAUUGCUCAUCAAACAAGGUGCUCGUGUUGAUACACCAGCACCGCUUCCAGAGCCAGACAGACCGAGCCCGUUGGACUUGGCUGUGCUUCGUGGAGAUCCAACUUUGGUACGAAUUCUUCUGGAGAAUGGCGCAAAUGCUAAUCGCUCCAAUCCCAUCAUCGGCUCACCAUUACACGUUGCAUGUGCGGACAACAUACCACACAGAGUGGAAAUUAUGAAGAUGCUCUUGUCGUAUGGUGCGGACCCGAACAUUCGAGUUAUUGGUGAUAUAGGCACAAAUGCUAUUCUGAGACCUCCACUUGCUGAAUUGAUAGCAAGUAAUGAAGUUGUGACUCCCGAAGAACUCCGGCUGUUGCUGAAACAUGGCGCUAGAGUGAUCCUGAAGACCCAGUACCGUGACUCGGACGGUCUGCUAAAUUGUCUCAACAAUAUGGAUUCCAGUUCACCUGCAUUCAGAAUAAUUUUGGAAGCCGCCGAAGAAUUCGACCCCUGCAUGAUCCGAAGAAAUCAACAGCUCAGUGAUGAACAGCGAAUGAUGCUGCUGGAAUACGCCACAAACCCGGUUACACUCAAGUCAAGAAUCCGCGCGCACUACAGGAGGCUGUUUGGUCGAAAACUCCCCGAGUUUGUGCCGGACAUGUUUAUCCCAAGAGAACUGAAGAGUUAUCUGCUGUAUGAGCACAGUUUUUGAGAUACUCUCAACUUCUUGAUGGUAUAUUUAUGGUACAAAUUUCUUGGACAACUUGGAUAACACUAACGUGAUUCUCCUGUGAGAAGCUACUGCACGCAAACGAUAAGACUUGCAUAAGUAAACGAUUGUAUUCCUGCAAAACAGAAAACGAUACUAAACUAGGUGGUAGAUUUGUAGGAGAUAACAUUUUGUUACAAUGAAACGCGCAUCACUGCCGCUUUUCAGAGGCUGAAGCAUAGUGUGGCAAUUUUCCUGGCGAAAAAGGCCCACGCAGACCGUGGAAAGAUGUGGUGAUAAAUAAUUUAUUUGUAGAUGUUUAGUCAAACAUAGUCUUUUGAAAACGAUUCUUAUGAAAACGUCAUGUUGAAUAAGUUUUCCCAAGAAAUAACAAGUUGAAAGAAGUGGUAAAAAAUGGACAACUUAACGUUCAGUAAGUUAUAUUUAUAAAUAUUGUAGUAUUGACUAUAAACAUGAUACACUGGUAUUGCAAAAGGAAAUACAUAAUCAAAUUGAAAUUCUACUAAA